AUUCGGCAAAAAUCUUCACAAUUUUCUCAGUUCUUGACAGGUACCCAUCAGCACUGCAAACACCCAUUAUAUUCCAUUCCAGAAUCGUUUCAUUUCCCAAAAAGAAUUGUUCUGUUGUGUAUAAAAUGGAGCAGAACACAGUGAACGGUAUAAUAAACAGGCUUCUGGAGCUGAGGGGAAAACCUGGGAAGCAGGCCAAGCUAUCUGAGUCGGAGAUCAAGCAAUUGUGUUUGGUUGCUAAGCAGGUUUUCUUGCAGGAGCCUACUCUUCUUGAGCUCCCAGCACCCAUCAAGAUUUGUGGUGAUAUUCAUGGUCAAUAUUCUGAUCUUCUGAGGCUUUUUGAAUAUGGUGGAUUUCCUCCCGAGGCAAAUUACUUGUUUUUGGGCGAUUAUGUUGAUCGCGGCAAGCAAAGCCUGGAGACGAUAUGCCUUCUGCUGGCAUACAAAAUUAAAUACCCAGACAACGUUUUCCUGUUGAGGGGAAACCAUGAGUGUGCUUCCAUUAACCGUAUAUAUGGGUUCUAUGAUGAAUGUAAGAAAAGGUUUAGCGUCAAACUGUGGAAGACCUUCACGGAAUGCUUUAAUUGUUUGCCAGUUGCAGCGCUGGUUGAUGGGAAGAUUCUCUGCAUGCACGGAGGCCUGUCUCCUGAUCUUCAGAGCCUCGACCAAAUUAGGAACCUCGAGCGACCAAUGGAUGUGCCCGAUACGGGCUUACUCUGUGAUCUUCUUUGGUCAGAUCCUAGUCGGGAGGUUCAGGGGUGGGCAAUGAAUGAUCGAGGAGUCUCGUACACUUUUGGUGCAGACAAGGUGACUGAGUUCCUCGAGAAGCACGAUAUGGAUCUUAUUUGCCGUGCCCAUCAGGUGGUCGAGGAUGGCUAUGAGUUCUUCGCUAAGCGGCAGCUGGUGACUAUAUUUUCAGCACCUAACUACUGUGGAGAGUUUGAUAACGCUGGUGCAAUGAUGAGUGUUGAUGCAACUUUGCUUUGCUCGUUUCAAAUACUAAAGCCUACAGAAAAGUCAAAGGUUAACAUUGGGGCUACUGCUUCGGAUAAACCUAGAGGCGUUUUUAGCUCCAUGAUGGCUAAAUCUGGACCUCCCACCGGAAUGAAGUCUUUUCUUAACUCAAACGUGUGGUAAUGGGAGAUUGGAGGUCUCAGAAGGGUGGCUGAAGCUGGCUGUUACCAGACUUUUCUGGGUCGAUGACAAACUGCAUAGGUAGCAGAAACCAAGGAUGCAGAUAAUAGUUUUUAAUCUUUUUAUAACAGACCGCAUAGGUUCAUGUUUUGUUGUUUGUUUUAGCUAUUAAAAUGUUUUAGUGUUGGGUUAUGGCUGUAGAUAAUAUGUUUCUUCUUUCCUGCAACUUAUAUUAUGGUAAUACAGAAUUCUGUUGUUCCA